UAUUACGAACACAAUAGUGAAGGACGUCGACCACCUUAAAUUUACUAUUGGAGCCACAUAAGUCGACCGAUCAUAUAUCAAUCGAUCUCGCAAGUCUCCUCAUACUAUCAUCCACUUUAAUACAAUGGCACCAACUCCCGAAUCUGCCGCAUUCCUCGCGAAGAAACCUACUGUUCCUCCGACUUUCGAUGGUGUCGAUUACGAUGAUACAGCACGAUUGAAGCAAGCACAAGAUGCGGUUAUUCGAGAACAAUGGGUUAAGAGCAUGAUGGCACGUUUAGUGAGAGAAGAAUUAGGAAAGUGUUAUUACAAGCAGGGGGUUAAUCAUUUGGAGAAAUGUGGUGCAUUAAGAGGUGAGGAUUGAUAUUUAUAUGCUGUAGGAAAAUAUAGGACUUUGGUGAAGGGAUUUGUUUUCAUGAUUUAUAAGGAAUUAAGCUUUUGAUGAAGAACUUCUUAUCAAUCUUGGAGCUAAUCCUUUCUCUCAGAUCGAUACUUCGAGUUAUUAAAGGAGUCCAAGAUUAGAGGUUACUUGUUCGAGCAACAAAAUUAUACCAAGAAGCCGGAGUAGAUGUCUAAUGAAAGUCUGGAUGGUAGAGGGAGUGAAUGACAGAGGGUAUGGGCUGGCAAUGAGGAGAUGUCGAGCUGGAUGAGGUUCGGCGUGAAUGAGCUCAACGCGACUUGAGGCGGGCAGGAUUCUGGAACGAAACGCUGAAGAUAUACAAAAGUCCAGCGCAGUCCGCAGCAUUUGUCCAAACCUAGGGGCCUAGAACUGGCCUACUAUUGGGACUGUAAAUAUGAAACAUUGUACAACGGAUCUUUUUCACACACUUGUGUUCAAUUUUGGGAAACGCGUCUUUCCCGACUCUCCCCUGGGUAUACACUUUAUGUCGACAAAUAC